UACACGGGCUGGAGGUCCGCCUGUUAUCUUUUCUCUGGGUGGAAGUCAUUUUCCAUCCAGAUUCCAGGCUGGGAGAGAAGAAACGUCGGGAAGCAGACAGCCAAAUGGAGGCAGACUAGGAGAAAAGGGGGAUCGGAAGUGGUGGCGUGAGAAUGCAGCAGGUUUUCUAGCAGAGAGGAGCAGCAGUGUGCAGCGGCGCUUUGUUUCAGGUUUUUACAGACCAAAUAUGUUCACCUGAAUUGCAACGUAAACGACCACCCCCUGUUCCUUCACUCUGUGUACUCUGGUCGGUCCAUUUUUCAUUAUGAACCACACUCCCAGCCCCCACCUGUCUGAAGGUGGGAAGUCAGCUGGAGGUAGUCUCUUCUGUAGCAUGGGGCUGGGAUCGGACAGGGGGAUCUGCUCUCCAGACAGCCUCGCCCACACUCCCAGCCCCACUGGAGGAACACCCAGCUCCAGCCCUCCACUUCUGUUGUCGCCUGGACUUGGAGGCCUCGGACUGGGUUCGUUGGGUGAGGCAGCUGGAGGUGACUGGGAGACCAGAGAGGAGCUGAGGCUCAGGGAGCUGGAGGAAGCUCGGGCCAGGGCGGCCCAGAUGGAGAAGACCAUGAGGUGGUGGUCAGAUUGCACAGCCAAUUGGAGAGAGAAAUGGAGUAAGGUUCGUGCAGAACGUAACAGAGCUCGGGAUGAGAUCCGGCAGCUGAGGCAGCGCCUGGACACCCUUACGAAGGAGCUCACCGGUGUUCGGCGGGAGCGGCAGGAACUUGCCACAGAGAAUGAAACACUGCGGCAGGAGACACUUCGCCUCAUUGGGGACAGCGCAGCUCACCCUGUUACUGGCUCAUCUUCCUUACCUUCCUCACCUCACCAUCACGGUGCUUCUUCCUCUUCCUCCUCAUCUGCCCCCCUCUCCUCCCCGGCAUAUUCCCUCUGUUCCUCCAAGGUAGCAACAGACUGCAAGUUUGAGGAGGGAUCACCAGGGUCUCCUGAAGCAGAACCAGUGAGAGAUGUGGACUUGGACAGACAGAAGGUGGGUCAGCAAAAGGACAUGGAGCUACUGGAAUCAGUCUUGCAUGGUGGAGCAGCUGGUUCAGACACUCAGGACACCUGGAAUAGCCGUGGCACUAGUUCAGCUGGCUCACGCUCAUCCUCAUGUUUGGGCCGUCAGGAACGGAACAGGCAGCUGUGGGAGGACAUGGGCACAGUGGAGGAAGACUCCAGCAAGCUCAACGCCUUGCAGCUUCGGCUUGACGAGUCUCAGAAAGUCUUGCUGAAAGAGAGAGAAGACAAGCUGGCCCUGAGUAAGAGCAUUGAGAGACUGGAGGCUGAACUUAACCAGUGGAAAGUAAAAUAUGAGGACCUUAGCAAGAGCAAACAGGAAGCCCUCAAACAGUUGAACCUAAUGAAGGAAAUGCAUCAGGAUGAACUGGGCCGCAUAUCGGAAGACUUGGAGGAUGAACUGGGAGCUCGGACCAGUAUGGACAAGAAACUGGCAGAGCUACGAGCUGAGAUGGAGAGACUGCAAGUGGAGAAUGCUGCAGAGUGGGGCCGCAGGGAACGUUUGGAGACAGAAAAACUGGCCCUUGAGAGGGACAACAAAAAACUGCGGGCACAGGUUGAAGACGUUGAGGAGCAGUUGGCAAAGAAACGUCGACAGGCUGCCUCAGCUCUUGACACAGACCUGAAGGCUAUCCAGAGUGACUUGUUUGAGAGAAACAAGGAGUUGGCUGAUCUUCGUCAUCUUCAUGCGAAGCUUAAGAAGCAGUUCCAGGAGAAGACUGCAGAGCUGGCACAUGCUAACCGGAGGGUAGAGAGCCAUGAUGCUGAGGUUAAGAAGCUUCGUUUAAGGGUUGAGGAGCUCAAGAAAGAACUGGGACAGGCUGAAGAUGAGCUGGACGAGUCUCAUAACCAGACAAGGAAGCUGCAGAGAUCCCUGGAUGAGCAGGUGGAGCAGACUGAGAAUCUGCAGGUUCAACUUGAACAUUUACAGUCAAGGCUGAGGCGGCAGCAGCAGAGUCCAGGUCUGUUUGGAAAGAUGCGAUCCGCUCGCUUUGGCCCUGAAAACCCGGAUGGUCCCAGAAGUGAAGGUGAUGAGGAAGAGGAGGACCUGCAACUCCAGAUUCCAUGACAAAUGUGCCCAUCCAUGUCAGAAAAACAGGAGCCAAAUGAAGAAUGUGAACUCUAAGAAAUGUUUUGCAGGAAUGGUAAAAUGAUGAAAGUAACAAUAUUCCAAGAAAAUAAUGCUCUAAAUUAAAAUCUAGCAGUCACUGAGUUUCUUAUCCAAUUUAUAAAUUAAUUCAAUC